CAUUCCGAAUCAAGGUCUAUAAAAUCCAAGGCGGGGACGCCGACGCCGAGGCCAGGUAGAAAGAAGCAUCAAUCCAUUCCUCUCCUCUCCCCUAGUGUCCGCCAAAUCGACGAGAAGCGGCGGAGACCACACGACCUCCUCGGUCUUGGAUUCCGUCCUCCCCAGUCAUCGCAAUGACGAAGAAGCAGCGGAGGGAGGCGGGCGCCAGGCGGCGGCGGGAUCGCCACCACCACCAGCGGCGGCAGCCGCGGGACGAGCGCUCCGUCUCCUGCACCACGUUCAACAUCCUCGCGCCGAUCUACAAACGCAUGGACUCCGAGAAUUGCAGGGAGAGCCAGUACAGGGCCUACUGGUUCAGCCGCAACGAGAAGAUCAUCGACCGUCUCCUCGCCGACUGCUCCUCCAUCAUCUGCCUCCAGGAGGUGUGGUUGGGGAACGAUGAGCUGGUGGACAUGUACGAGAAGCGGCUUGGCGACGCCAAUUACACGCUCUUGAAGCUCGCACGCACCAACAAUCGCGGAGACGGUCUUCUUACUGCUGUACAUAAGAGUUGCUUCAAUGUUUUGAAUUAUCGGGAGCUGCUCUUCAAUGACUUUGGUGAUCGAGUGGCUCAGCUGUUGCAUGUUGAGUCCGCCAUGCCAUUCUUGCAAAACCUUAGCACCAGCUGUGCCCAGCAGCAGAGCCUCAUUGUCAACACCCAUUUGCUGUUCCCUCAUGACCACAGCCUUUCGAUAGUCCGGCUGAGGCAGGUAUAUAAGAUCCUUCAGUACAUAGAGGCUUACCAGGAAGAACAUAAACUUGGUCCAAUGCCAAUCAUCCUAUGUGGUGAUUGGAAUGGAAGCAAACGUGGACAUGUUUACAAGUUCCUUCGUUCACAGGGGUUUGUUUCAUCGUAUGAUACUGCUCAUCAAUACAGUGAUAGUGAAGAAGAUGCACACAAGUGGGUAAGCCAUCGAAACCAUCGAGGGAACAUCUGCGGAGUUGAUUUCAUAUGGCUUCUGAAUCCAGAUAAGUGCAGGAAGCCCCUGAAAACUAGCUGGAAUGAAGCUGUCUUUGGUAUCAUCAAGUACCUCCUCCUCCAAGUUGCAUUCCUUUCUGAGGAGAAUGCAUUUGCACUUCUCAAGGCUGACAGUCCUGAUGAUCACAUCACAUAUUCAAGUUUCUACCAGGCACUCUGUCAGAAAAUGCAGUUAGGAAUGGUCCAUCCUGAUCGCCUAAAUUCACAAGAAAUUGAAGAUCUGUGGAGUGAAGCUGACCGUGAUGGGAAUGGUGCUAUUGACUACAAAGAAUUUCAGGCUAACUGGGCUCAGGUGGGUGAUGUGGGCGACACAGACGGGCGGCUGAUGGUGGCGGGAAACGGCGGUGUUGCCUCGUACAUAGCCGGAACAUCACCGGCGUCGCUCGAUAAGUAGCUACGACCUACCAAACGCGACGGGAAGCAGCACAAAACAAAGAUGUGGCGACGGGGAGUCUCACCGAGGCUUCACUGCGGUCGAAGAUGGCUGGCGACGGCGAGAUGGUGGCGGCGAUGAUCGAUGCUUGAUGAGAAGGCGGGUACGGCGAUGAGGAGGCGAAACCGAGGACCAUGGAGGCUUCCUGGCGGUCAUGCGGUGCCAAAGGGUGGGUUAGUGGGCGUCGGUACGCUAUGGGGUAAGCUAGUGACAGAGAGGAGCAUCAGAGCUUAUCGGAGCUCGGCGGAGAUGGCCGUGCAGCGGCAGAACAACGUUGAGGAGCGGCGGAGAAGACUUCAUGUGCUCCUAUGGUGCCGGCGACGUCCUCAGACGUGACAGGGAGGGCUCGGGCUCGGCAGUCAGCAACGGCGAAGCUCUGAGCAACAACAAGGGUGACUCUGCGCAAUGGGGUUGAGCGGGGAUGGGGGAACUGGCAGCACGACAGGGUUGGGUGGUUAUAGGUGCGAGGGAGUGCGUGCUGUUACAGAGACGUGGGGCGCGGAGUGGGGCGUACGCCAGCGGUUUCGGUGGGUGGCGGUUGUGAGCACGGUGAGCGGGAGUGGGCACAGCUAGAGUGGAAGAGGGAAAUGACAGGUGGGCUUGGGUUGUCGGUGAGAGGGAGCUGGAGAGUGAGCUGAGCCUCGAGAGUGGGAGAUGGGUCGGACUGUAGAAAAUAAACGUGUAUCACAUAGUGACAGUAUUUUAAUAGGAUAUCAUGAUCUUCUAUAAGCAUCGCUU